UCCCUUCUCCUCCAACGCUAACAAGAUGCCGGCCGUACAUCACAAACUGCUCCUGGAGGACGCUUUGCAGGACAGUCCUCAGACUCGCUCCCUGCUCAGUGUGUUUGAGGAAGAUGCUGGGAUGCUUACAGACUACACCAACAAGCUACUACAAUCGAUGCAACGGGUGUUUGGAGCUCAGAGUGAGAUGGGAUUGGCCACAGAGCAGCUCUCGCAGCAACUUCUGGAUUAUGAGAAGAAAAAUUUUGCCCUUGGAAAAGGUGAUGAAGAGGUAAUCACCACGCUGCAGAGCUUCGCCAAAACUGUAGGGGAGCUGAACUCGCUCCACUCUGAGCUGGCCAACCAGAUGGCUGACAGCAUGGUCUUCCCCUUGAUCCAAUUCCGAGAGAAGGACCUCACAGAGAUAAGCACACUGAAGGAAAUAUUCGGCAUCGCCACUGAUGAGCAUGAGGCAGCUAUGGUCAAGUACAGCCGAUUGCCCAAGAAGAAGGAGAAUGAGAAGCUGAAGGCAGACAUGGUGAAGGAGGUGGCUUACACCAGAAGGAAGCAGCACCAGGCCUCACUGCAGUAUUACUGCGCACUCAAUGCCCUGCAGUAUCGCAAGAGAGUAGCUAUGCUUGAACCCAUGUUAGGGUACACACAGGCACAGAUCAGCUUCUUCAAGAAAGGCAUUGAGCUGGUGUCAAAGAAGAUGGAUAACUUUCUCUCCUCUGUGUCCAACAUGACACAAAGUAUCCAGGCCCAGCUGGACGCGGAGGCGGAGGCCAUGCGCCUGUCUCAGAGGGAGCUUCUGUCUGUGGAGGACACUGUCUACAUGCCAGAUAAGGACACUGAGCCUGUCAAUCGCACGCUUAUCCAGAAGGCUGGCUACCUCAACAUUAGGAAUAAAACGGGCCUGGUGACCACAGCCUGGGACCGACUGUACUUCUUCACCCAGGGAGGGAACCUCAUGUGCCAGCCACGCGGGGCGGUGGCAGGGGGCAUGGUGCUGGACCUGGACAACAGCUCCGUCAUGGCUGUGGAGUGCGAGGACAGACGCUACUGUUUUCAGAUAACGUCCCCUUCUGGCAAAACGUCAAUGAUUCUGCAAGCUGAGAGCAAAAAGGAAUAUGAAGAGUGGAUUUGCACAGUGAACAACAUCUCCAGACAGAUCUACCUGACUGACAACCCAGAGGCUGUGGCCAUUCGGCUGAACCAAACCGCCAUCCAGGCUGUCACCCCCAUCACCAGCUUUGAGAAGAGACAAGAAGGCUCCCCCAACCCUGACAGAGCAAAGCCUGGAGGUGUACACGCUACCAGCAGUGGUUCCCAGAAGACAGGGGCUGCUCCUGAACCAGAGGACCUGAUAGCCCCUGGGACGCCCAUUCAGUUUGACAUCAUGCUGCCAGCCUCUGAGUUUCAAGAUCAGAACAGAGCCGGAGGGAGACGCACAAAUCCGUUUGGAGAAACAGACGAUGAUUGUUCAACAGAAAGUGACGACUCCCUCCUGCAGCAGGUAUUCGCCGUGCGCUUCCUGGGCUCCAUGGCGGUUCGCUGUGGCGACAAUCAGGAGGUGAUCUAUGAGGCCAUGAGGCAGGUGCUGGCUGCCCGAGCCAUCCACAACAUCUUUAGGACCACCGAGUCCCACCUCAUGGUCACCAGCAGUAGCCUCAGGUUGAUUGACCCUCAAACUCAAGUUACAAGAAUAAGUUUCCAGCUUGGAGAGGUGUGUCAGUUUGCAGCUCACCAAGAGAACGGCAGGCUGAUGGGAUUUGUGGUUGAGGGCAGAGACUGGAGCGACGGAGAUGAGGAGGGAGAGCCCUCGUUUAGCGCCUUCGUCUUUGAGAGCAACACAGAGGGCGAAAAGAUAUGUUACACCAUUAGCUUGGCGAAGGACAUCACUGAAGCCAAGAAGGACCCUGAGGCCCUGGCCCAGCUGAUGAAGAACAUGCCACUUACCAAUGAUGGCAAGUUCCUGCUGCUGGAGCCUGAGACGGGAGACAUGACCAAUGGGGCAGGACAAGAAGACCUGGAGUCUGAGGCCUAGUACCAGUCAGGACCCCCC